CGAAAUUUUGUUGCCGGCAGCACUUGCAGGUCGAGCUGGGGUCUCCAGAGGACGAAGAGGUUUUCCUCUAUACCAAAUACCAAUUGGCACCAUUUGCAGUGGCCUUCUGUCUCCUCAACAUUGGAACUAGCAGCAUUGACAAGUAAUUGACAAGUAAUUGAUAUUGUUGUUCCAAAUUGCCAUGGUAGCAAGGACUACCCGCCUCUAGAUAUGCGCCGUUUUGUUGGAAGGAGCUUGGCUGCGAGGGCCUCAAUUAGCAACUAUGCCAUCCCGCGCAGGUCAAUAUGUCGGCCCAUGACCCGAGCGUAUACUGCUACCGCCCAGCAACGUCAAACCGCUUUUCACUCACAAAUCGAAGAUCCCACUUCCUCGGCUAUACUAUCCUCCCUCAAGACGGCCCCUGAGACACCACAAACCUUGACCGAGAAGAUCGUGCAGAGAUACUCGGUUGGACUAGCGCAGGGGAAGAAGGUCAAGGCAGGCGACUAUGUCACUUUGGCACCGCAUCACUGCAUGACUCACGACAACUCAUGGCCUGUCGCCCUCAAGUUCAUGUCCAUUGGCGCGUCCAAGAUACAUGACAACAAACAGAUUGUCAUGACUCUGGACCACGACGUGCAGAACAAGAGCGAGACCAACUUGAAGAAAUAUCAACAAAUCGAAGGUUUCGCCAAGAAACAUGGCGUCGACUUCUAUCCGGCUGGGAGGGGCAUCGGUCACCAGAUCAUGGUCGAGGAAGGAUACGCCUGGCCAGGCACAGUCACGGUGGCUUCCGACAGUCAUAGCAACAUGUAUGGUGGCGUUGGAUGCUUAGGUACUCCCAUGGUGCGAACCGACGCAGCGAGUAUAUGGGCAACUGGAAGGACUUGGUGGCAAAUUCCGCCAAUCGCAAAAGUUACGCUUACUGGUAUUUUGCCUCUGGGUGUGACUGGGAAGGAUGUUAUCGUGGCACUCUGCGGUCUGUUCAACCAGGAUGAUGUCUUGAAUCACGCGAUUGAGUUCAAUGGUUCCGAGGAGACCAUGGCAAGUAUACCAGUGGACGACCGCCUCACCAUUGCUAACAUGACUACCGAAUGGGGUGCACUGACUGGCCUCUUCCCCAUCGACUCCACGCUCAAGACAUGGCUGCGUGCUAAAGCAACGGUUGCGGCAGUAAUCAACGACGGGGUGGCCCUGAACCAGAUCUCUCAUGAAAGAAUCGACGAAUUAAUCCGCAAUCAGCUAUCGGCAGACCCUGGCGCGACAUAUGCCAAGUCGAUAUAUCUCAACCUCUCGACUCUGGCACCUUUUGUCGCGGGACCAAACUCAGUCAAGGUAGCCACCCCUCUAAAGGACCUACAGGCCCAGAACAUCAAGCUGGACAAGGCAUAUCUUGUCUCCUGCACAAACUCGCGAGCCUCAGAUCUCGCAGCUGCAGCAAGAGUUUUCAGAGAAGCCGCACAAAAUGGCGUCGAGCCAAAAAUUGCGGCAGGUGUUAACUUCUAUAUUGCCGCUGCAUCCAUUCCAGAGCAAGAACUCGCCGAAGAGACAGGCGACUGGCAGGUUCUGCUGGAUGCUGGUGCUCAGCCUCUGCCAUCUGGGUGUGGACCCUGCAUUGGCCUUGGCACGGGUCUGCUAGAGCCCGGUGAAGUGGGCAUCAGCGCCAGUAACCGCAACUUCAAGGGAAGAAUGGGCUCGACGGACGCCAAGGCGUAUCUUGCCAGCCCGGAAGUUGUUGCAGCUAGCGCUCUUCAAGGCAAGAUCGCAGGACCAGGUUGGUACGAGAAGCCCGAGGGCGUCGAAAAGGUCAUCAUUGGCGAGGGCAACGGCAACCUCGAACAGGACAAGGCCAUGAGCAUCGAGGACGCCCUUGAGAAGCUUAUUGCACAGGCAGACAGCUUGAUCUCCGUUGCCGAGCAAAGCGAGGGCAGCAGCACUGAAGCAGAACCCGAGGGCGAGGAGACGCUCACUGACAUCCUCCCCGGCUUCCCUGAAAAGGUCGAGGGCGAGAUUGUCUUCUGCGACGCCGACAACAUUAACACGGAUGGCAUCUACCCCGGCAAGUACACCUACCAAGACGGCGUUUCCGUCGAGAAAAUGGCCGAAGUAUGCAUGGAAAAUUACGACAAGGCCUUUGGCGGCAUCGCCAAGGCCGGUGAUAUUCUCGUGGCGGGCUUCAACUUUGGCUGCGGCAGCUCGCGCGAGCAGGCCGCAACGGCCAUCCUGGCCAAGAAGAUCCCACUUGUGGUCGCAGGCAGCUUCGGCAACAUCUUCAGCCGCAACAGCAUCAAUAACGCGCUCAUGGGCGUCGAGGUGCCGAAGCUGGUGCAGAGGCUGAGGGAGACAUUCAAGAGCGAGACGGAGGAGGGGAAGGCCCUGACGAGGAGGACGGGGUGGAAGUUUUUGUGGGAUGUGAGGAGGAGCAAGGUUACGGUUACCGAGGGAGAGGGCGGGCAGACGUGGAGUCAGAGAGUGGGCGAGCUCCCGCCAAAUGUACAGGAAAUAAUUGCGAGGGGCGGGCUGGAAAAAUGGGUCAAGCAUGAGAUUUCGAAGGCUUAGAUUUGGGUGUAUAUAUAGUCUGAAUGGUAAAAUACCCGGUUACAGAGUAUGGGGUCAGCUCAGGCUUCAGUGGAUGGGUAUUCAGGGAUUGUUUUGUGAGGUUUGAGGAAUCGAAUCAUUGCCUGCGA